GACGCGACGCGACGGGCUCGAUUUGCCAUCAUGGGCAAGGUUGAGAAAAUGGACCCCGUGUGGGAGGAUCUCGACAGAACAAUGGGCCAGCUGUUCAUGAUGGGCUUUGAUGGCACGUCGGUUACUCCCCACAUCCGUAACCUGAUCGAGGAGCACCACGUUGGCUGCAUCCUCUUGACUGCCAAGAAUCUAAAAUCUGCCGACGACACCACCAAGCUCAUCUACGAGCUGCAGAAGAUUGCCCACGAUGCCGGACACCCCGUCCCGCUGGCAAUCGGCAUCGACCAGGAAAAUGGCGGUGUCAACAGCCUCUUCGACGACAUCUACAUCCGCCAGUACCCCAGCAACAUGGGCAUGGCGGCCACCGGGUCGACUGAGCUAGCCUUUGAAGUGGCCAAGGCGACGGCACAGGAGAUUGCGGCCUGUGGUAUCAACUGGAUAUUUGGCCCAUGCCUCGACGUGCUGACCAAUGCACGUAAUCAGCCGCUGGGGGUCAGAACAGCCGGAGACGACCCCCAGGAAGUGUCUGCGUUUGGGGUUGCCUUUAUGCAGGGCUACAAAGAGGCCGGGGUGGUGACACUGGGUAAGCAUUUCCCCUCGUACGGCAACCUCGAGUUCCUGGGCUCAACACUGGAUGUGCCCAUCAUCACCGAAUCGCUGGAACAGCUGAGCCUGAGCGCUCUGGUUCCGUUCAAGAAGGCGAUUGAGCGAGGCCUCGACUCUAUGAUGGUUGGCGGCUGCGCCAUGUCGUCUGCAGGACUGAAUGCCAUGCACGCCUGUCUCUCUGAGCAGGUUGUCGAUGAGCUACUCCGCAAAGACCUGAACUUCGAUGGCGUAGUCGUGUCCGAGUGUCUGGAGAUGGAUGCUCUCAGCCACAACAUUGGCGUUGGCGGUGGAACGGUCAUGGCUGUUAACGCCGGUUGCGAUGUGGUGCUGCUUUGUCGCGCGCUCUCCCUGCAGCAAGAAGGUCUCAAGGGCCUCAAGACUGGCAUAGAAACUGAAAUGGUUUCCAAAGAGCGCAUCUUCAACUCGCUCAGGCGCGUCCUAGCCAUGAAGAAGAAGUGCACAUCGUGGGAGAAGGCACUGAACCCGCCAGGCAUCAACUACCUGGAAAAGCUACAGCCUUCGCACACUGCACUGUCGACCAAGGCGUACAAUAGCUCCAUCACUGUCGUACGCGACAAGAACAGGCUUCUGCCACUGACUAACAUUCUCGAAAGCGAGGAGGAGCUUCUUCUGCUGACACCCUUGGUGAAACCCUUGGCUGCAUCUGCGGCAUCUCGAGCCAUAUCAGACGCUGCUAAUGGCGCAGCCAGUCACUCUCCCGGGCCUGCGUCUUGGGACCAGAGCUCCUCUGUCAUGAGCGGAGAACGGGUCUUUAGGGAGCUGGGCCGCUCGCUCGCUCGACAGCGCAACGGCCGACUGUUGCACACAUCGUACACGGCGAACGGUGUUCGUCCGGUUCACGAGAACCUCAUCAGCCGAGCGAGUGUGAUUAUUGUCCUCACAGCCGACGCGAAUCGAAAUCUCUACCAGCAUGGCUUCACCAAGCACGUUUCUAUGAUUUGCAAUAUGCAGUACACAACUGGCGGAGAGAGGCGCGAGAAGCCGCUCAUUGUCGUUGCCGUCAGCUCGCCGUACGACUUUGCCAUGGACAACACGAUUGGAACCUAUAUUUGCACAUACGACUUCACCGAGACUGCGCUCAACUCAUUGGUAAGGGUGCUGUAUGGAGAACUGUCGCCCACGGGAACACUACCUGGCACCAUUAGCAAGAGCCAAAAGCUACACCCGUCGAAGCAACACUGGCUGGUUGAAAUUUUCAAUGAAGAGCGAGACGGCAGUGCAUUGGAUACGCUGAUUGCAGCAGUUGUGGAAAAUACCACUCCGAAUCAACGGUCUGAGCUUUCGAGCGCAACAUCAAGCUCGUUCAUUCUACACCACCCCGAGGUGGAAGAGUCACAUUUUGUGGUGCGGAACAGCAGUACGCAAGCCCUGUAUGGCUUUUGCUCGACGUACUUUUUCAAAGCCACGGGUACGGGUGUUAUUGGUGCGCUGUUUGUGGACCCUACGAGGAGGAAGCUCUCGAUUGGACAUUCGCUGCACAACCGAGCGAUACGGACGCUGCUGCAAAAAGAAGGGAUCAAGCGGUUUCAACUGGGAUCACGCCUGCCCAGCAUGUAUCUUGGGAUUCCCACCGGACACGGCAACGAGCGCAAGCGUCUACGGUCGUGGUUUGCGCAGCUGGGAUGGGGAGCUGCACUGUCCCGUCCAGUGUGCAAUAUGGUGGCUCGCAACCUCCAGACAUGGUCGCCGCCAGCGGGCAUGGCUAAGAGUCUUGCGAGCGCGGGGGCGCAGUUUGACCUUGUGUAUGGGUGGGACUAUGCGGGACCGGUGCUGGAUCACAUCAAAACGAGCAACCGACAGGGGCUGGCCGAGGUGUACAAGCUGGCGCUCACGGACCCGACGGCGUGUGGAAUUAUUCGGGCCAAGCGGCCGGAAGACGGUGCGCUGGUGGGGACGGUGGUACUGUACAACCACCACUCACGACUGGCCGAGUACAUUCCCCCGCUCAAGGACCUGAACGAGACGGCGGGAGGCAUCUCGUCGCCGGUGAUUUCGCCAGGGGUUGGAGAGUACUCGACGCUGCUGCAGGGGCUGAUUCUGCUGGGGAUGCGGCAGAUCAAGCAGCUGGGAUGCAACGCGUGCUUGCUCGACUAUAUGGAUGGAGACGGCAACUUUGACGGCUUCUCGGCCAUGGGGUUCGACGUCAUGCACAAUUUCGAGGAGGUCAGCUGUGACGCAGCGACGUGGACCAUGAUACCGCCUGCUUGAUGUUGGAUAUUGGUUUGUUUGGCGUAGACUGGGGGGAUGCGAUGUUAAUAAUGGGUUGCUAUAUACACAUGUACUUGGGGCGCGAUGAUGACUGAGUCAGCCGUGGGGUAGAGCUAGUC